AUUCUUGAAGGAUAUAAAAGGCGUCGCAUCACCCGCAGCAUAUCCCCUCACAACCACCAACGUCCACUACUUUUAUUGAAUCUUUUUGAGGUCCCGCCUUUUCAAGCGAAUCUAGCAAUAGCAAGCAUGGUGUCCGGCUUGCAACUCGAGACUCCCACUAAGGUGAUAGAAGAUCGAGAGGCUCCAAUGACUCUAGCAAGCG